AUGUUUUCAAAUAAUUUGACGUCAGUAUUUCUGAACUUGUCCAUAUUGCUAUGUAUAUAUUUAACAUUACCAGUGACGGUAGCCGAAGGUGAAAGAUCCUUUUCGAAAUUAAAAUUAAUAAAAAAUUAUUUAAGGUCAACUAUGACUCAAGAAAGAUUGACCAACCUAGCCAUGAUCAGCAUUGAAAAGGAAGUAGCAGUCGAUACUGACAACCUUAUCAAGGAUUUCCCUGCUCUCUGCCUGGACCCUGAUGCUGGGCUGCAAGACCGCACUGUAAAUGAUCACAUUUCCCAAAUGUCUGAUAGCCAAGUUCCACAACUUUUCACAGGCUGGGAGUAG